AUGUCACCUGUGCAGUUCACAGUUCUUAUACGUCUCCCUUUCAGCCGCGGUGAUUUCGUCGAUCCGCCACAGGCAGACUGGAAUGCUACCAAGGAUCGCGCACUAUGGAAGGUCAUUUCCAAGUCGUCCAGAACAAGUGAUCUCAACUCUGUAGGCCUCCAUGCGGAACGUUCCCAAGUCCCACAAACUUUCUUGCUGCAACAAGCGGCUUGGUUGUACGAACGACAUCUCGAACAUGUUCGCUCUCAGAUGAAGAAGGUUGGAGGCUCGAAUGCUCCGGCGACGGCAGCGUCGGGCAACAGCAACAUCCCCCUUGGAGGCGUUCCGAUGCAGAGAGGUGGCAGUCAUGGCUCGAGAGCAUCCAGGGCACCCUCAGCUCUGUCGAUACGGCCAAAAGACAGUCCGAUAACAAAGCCGGAAAUUGGCUCACCGGCUACAGCAUUCUCUCCUCAGCAACCGCCAUUGUCCCGGACACCUUCUACCAACACCAUUACACAGUCCAGAGCAUUCGCUCAGUCACUGGCAAGCAGGCCUCAGCAACAGCGUCCAGCUCGUCCAAGCGUCACAGGACCUCGUCCCUCAAUUACACCCGCUCCCUCGGGCCCAAGCUCCAGCCAGGUCGACUAUCCCGAAUCCCCAACGGUGUCGGCCUUAUCGUCCUCAAGCUCAUCCAGCUCGGAAAGUGACAUGGACGGGCCCGCUCACCGCAGCCAACUCUUCAAGCGACCACCGCGAUUUCAGAAGCAGAAACCUCGUGACCUGCUUUCCUACGACGAGGAGCCCGAGGAAGGGGAUGACCAUGACCGGAGCAGCGAUGCGUCGUUACCUUUUGCUCAGCCUCAGCGGGACGUCACUCUUAGGGGCGGUGGCGCACCCGCUGACAAGGAUGCACAAUCGCAGACAUCUGACCCUCCGCGGCCGUCACAAAACGAUAAGGGAAAGCAGCCUGCGACGUCGAGGCCAGACCGCCUUGAUGCGAGUUCCUCCCUAGCGAGCUCUGCCAGCGAUGCACCCAAACCCCAGAAACCCGGCCCACUAAGUCCCAAGCACCGGGCAGAGUUGCCCGGACUAAGCCCCAGGAGAGCAGGCACGAGGGCUAAGAAGGAGGGAAGUGAGGGAACCCCGAGCAUGGGCAGCAGCUUCAGCGAUCUUGAUGAUGCGAGUAUUAGCCAGUCUGCUUUGGAAGAGGCGCUGCUGAGUAACAUACAUGCGGGACGGAUGAGCACGUUCAGCCAGUUGAGGUCGAAGUAUUUGUAGGUUUAUAUGUGAAGUUGGAGGCAGUGGAUGGUAUUGAUUAUGGUCAUGGCUUUGUGGACGUGGGUAUGGGCUGUGUUGCCUUGACUUGGUUUACAGAAUACCCUUCCGCAGUUUUGGGUGCUUACUAAACUGCUGGGGUCAUUGAUACAUGGACAGGACUUCCAA